CACUCAAUGUCACUUCCGGUACCUCCAGGCGGGCAAUUUUGAAAAUUUUGAGGACUGACAAGUUAAAUCAAAAUGAACUACUAUCAAGUUAUUCAGUCGUAAUUUUGCAUUAGUUAUUUGUUGCCUAGUUAGCUUGUGUGAUAUAUUUAUUUGCUGAUGAAUUAAUAAUUUGUUUUACUAAUUAAUCAAGUCAGCUAGCUUGUUGUCGAUAGCUACUAGCCAGAUAACGUUCAUGUGUAUUCUUGCUAGCUAAUCACCCACCGAAUUCAUGUAUUAACGGUAGUAAAUAAGUUGGACAGACGGCAAGGAUGAGCAACGAGACACAUCAAACCUUUUUGGCUGAUUCUACCAGCCAGCCACGAAGGAGGUCAGCGCGGUUGACCUCUCCAAAUCAAAAUGACCCCAACUCAGCUCCUACGGACACUGUGAAACGCAGCAUCACUGUGAGGAAGAUUGCACCCAAGAAAACACAAUUCAAUGUACCCUCAGAGGACAACAAAGAAAAUGAACAAAGAUUGUCUGAAGGCAGUCUGAAGAAGGCCAAAAUUUCAAUCCCAGGACCUGCCCAGGUUCCUCCACCAAAAGCCACCAUGCUCUUCCCGAUCUUGGCCCCCUCACCACCUUGUCCCCAAGCUGCAGCGAACCCUGAGGAGUCAGCAUGGUCACAGAAGGUGCGUCGGUCCUACAGCCGCCUAAGCCUAGGGGAUUGUUCGUUUGACCUGUCCCCCCCAUCUCUGCGUCGGGAGACCCUGUUUGGGUUUGAGAAGCUUCAGACACCCCAGGUUCUUUGCAAGGUGGAGCAGUCCAGGGUGGGCCCUGAGGCCUCCAAGUCAUUCUGUGGGGUUAGCUCCUUCACCCUGCUAGAAGGGGACGACAGUGCUGCUGCUUCUCCUGAGCCAGAUGUCAACAUCCCUGGAGUUGCUGUGGUAAAGGAGAAGAGGAGGAGGAAGAAGGUUCCUCAAAUAAAACUGGCGGAGCUGGACGACCUUGCGGCAAAGAUGAAUGCGGAGUUUGAAGAGGCGGAAGGAUUUGAUUUGGUGGUGGAAUAAACUCAUAGGUCAUCCUCAAAGUCUUUGACAUGUAACUAGAAAUCCUUUUUGCCAAGAUUGGAGAAAGUAAACUUUUUACACUUCUAUGAUUGCAUGUCAAAGGUGAUGAGGUGCGAAAGUAGUUGAUAUUUGCAUAAAUAUGGCACCUAUGGGAACAACAAACAGGAUUAAUGUACAAUACAGAAAUGUAAAUGUAGGCUUUUUCAAAGUUCUAAAUGUGAGAUUGGUUUAAAAAGUGACCUAAUACGAGUUGUGUAAUCUUAGAAACUGGCUUUAUCUUCACUGAUGUUCCUGUCACUUUGAUAGGUUGAUUUUUCUUUUUGAGGUGACAACUUCAUUAGGUCACAGGGACAUUAUCCUGUGUUGAGGAGCACCCUUUUAUAUUUUAAAUGAUUGUUAAAUCAUUGUAAAUUGGAUUACACACAUCGGUGUGUUUUAACUUGUAAGAUUUAUUUUCAAAGCAUUUUCUGUGAUGUUGAGAUUAUAGCUGUUUGUUUUUUGCUUUUUACUUUGUUCAUUUCUUAAGUGUUAGAAUUUGGGACAGAAGAUGUCCAAACUAAGAAUCUUUAUCAUGGCAGAUUGUCAUGUCCUUCUAUGAUUUCAGAACUUGUGCUUUUGGAUUUGAUUGAAGCCUGUAUGUCAUGCAUUCCCUUAUCACAUUUGUUCUCUAGAGGGUGCUCUCACCCUCUCAUUGUGGCUUCUUCCAUCACAGUUUUUACAUAUAAAAUAUUAGUUUAAA